UUUGUUUGUUGAUGGAGUAUCAUUGGAUGGCUCAUCUCUUCGCAGCUUAUUCAUCUACAUUGAUUCGUUGAAGAAAAUCAGAUUCGCACACCGACCUGCAGACAGAUGGGUGAGGGAGAGAGCCAUUGAGCAGAUCCUCGUGUGUGCGCGUGCAUCUGUGAUUCUUUCUUCCUUUCUUUCUCUGUCUGUAUGUGAUCAGGGCUAUCUAUUAGGUGUUGGCCCCUGCUGGUUCUGUGGCUCGUGUGUGCGGCAGCAGCCCAGGUACAAACAAACAAACAAACAACCAAACACAUCACAUGAGUGCAAUUAUGCCACCCAAUGCAUCUUGUGUGUUGUGUGUUGUGUGUGUUUGUGUGCAGGGGAGUGCUGGCGGGAACGGCUCUCUGGACAGUCAGUCAGCAGCUGUGGUGUGGUGGGAGGCUCACGGGAGAAACGACCUGAGAGAAUGGAAGGCCGGUACGCAUACACACACAGACGUAGACAGACAGACAGACAGACAGACGGGCAGGUACAUGUGUGUGUGUGUGCUUCGUGAGCAGGCUUGUUGAAGGGCAAUGACUACGUUAAGAUCGACCUGUAUUUCUCACGGGAUGACUCUUUCUGUGCGUAUGGAUGCAUACAUACAUACAAACAGACAUUCACAUGCAUAUCUGUGUGUGCAUGUGUUGCUUUGUUGUGUAGGUGGGUCGCAGUCGCGUGUGCGCACACGUGGCCCUCAUGGCGCGUGCAUGGUCCUCGAACACACACCUGUCAAACAGGUGAUAUGGUGGAUCGAUUCAUUGAUGCACACGAACAAACAGCAGGACAUUUGUUUGUGUGUGUCUUGCGUGUGCAGGUGACCGACUACAACACGACGGAUGACCUGGUGGAUCUGCUGCAGUCGGAGGAAUACAGAAACCUGCUCACAGUGAGCCGCACAAUGCCGGCAUCUGUCCACAGGGAUGUAUGUGUGUGUGUCACGUGCAGGCGCCCACGAAGCGGUGCAUCCAGCUGUGCCUAAAGCAGAAACCUGCAGACAUCGGCGAAUGCACACUCGGUACGCCCGCCCAUUUCCCCCACACUAACAUGCUUUCAUGUGUGCGCAGAGACCCCAGCAGCGGCCGAUUGGAUCGCUCUACUUGACGACCUCUACGCCCGUGCCAACGAGGUCAUACACGCCAACGGGCUUAACGUUGAGCUGUUCCUCGAUUCCAUUGACGGCGCCAUCAAAACAUGCCCCCAUAUCGUGAAAAAGUGGGCGUGUUGGACACAUACGGAUGGAUGGGCGGAGGAUGUGGGUGCGCGGGUGGAUGAAUGUGUGUGUGCAGGUGGCCGUCUUGGAGGACUACGUGGAAUGGCGACCCGCAGCAAGCCAUGGACAAUGAUGCCGCACAGGGACACGACCGAGUGCAGGUGCGUGUAUGGGUGGGUGGGUGUAUAAGUUGGUGUGUGUAUGUCCAUAUCUGUGUGGGUGAGUGUUCAUUUGUGUAUGUGGGCGUGGGUGCAGAUAUUGAAUCGCGAGAACGACAAGAGGGUGUGGGAGUCGCUAGCUGAUCGGUCUUUCGACAAGUGCGUGACCACCGAUGGAUGGAUGGAUGGAUGGACACAUGCAUCUGUGUGUGUGUCUUCGGUGUGGUGUGGUGCGCAUUCAGGUUUGUGCACAGCAACUACUCGUUCAUAUUGUACGAGCCCAGUGACGAGACUGCCAUGAAGGAGGCCAUACAACCUUAUGUGCACUGGGUACGGACGACAGAACACCGCCUCUCUCCCUCUCUCUCUGUCUCUGUGUGGCUGUAUCUGUGUCUGUCUGUGUGUGUGUGUGUGUGUGUGUGUGCGUGUCAGGUGGACAGCCACCCCGACAUCCCCGUGCCCCCGAUGCGCAUAGCCUACAACGGCGAUCCGGCCAUGUACCACACCUACAUGAGCAAAUACCUGCACAAAGGCAUACACAAGACAAUCGGUACGUACGAGUGUUAUGUGGGCGUGGGGGCGUAGAUGUAUUUCUGUGUCUGUGUGUGUGUCUGUGUGUGUCUGUGUGUGUCCAUGUGUAUUUCUGCGUGUGUGUGUGCGUGUGUGUGUGUGUGCACACAGGUCCGGAGGAUCGGUCCAAUGCUGCACUCGUCUCUGCGCCGAAAUGCCUCCACAACACCUACUCACAAGAGGUACCUCUGCACACACACACACACCCUAUAGUGAGAUUCGCCAGCAGCCAUCCAUCCAUCCAUGUGUCUGUGUGUGUGUGUUCAGGCGUCAUUUCCGUUCAUCGGUGCUGUGCUCGUUUCCGUCACCUACCCAAAUACAAGUAAUUGGGCAGGCACAGGCCUAUAGCCACACACACGUGGGGUGGGGUCAUGUAAGCUUCGCUGCGUGUGUGGUACCCUCACUGUAUAGGCACAGACAACACGGCCAUGUUCCACGUGACGGAGCCUGUCUACCUGCCCACGUACACACACACAGAGAGAGAGGGGGGGAGGGAGAGAGAGAGAGGGAUCUACACGUGUGUGCGUGCGUGUGUGUGUGUGCAGUGGCCCCUUGCUGGAGCGCAGUAGAAUCGUCAUGGACCCUCAUGGUGACCUGCAGCCGAUUAAUGGACUCGGCAGAAUCGUACGCACCAGACGAACACAUGUGUAAUGCUGGGUGUGUAUGCCACCCAAUAUGUGUGUGUCCAUUCCGCCUCUGUGUGUGCAGGUGUCUCUCUCUUCGAUCACGGUGUGGUCCCGCGACAAAUACGGCAGACACUACCGAAGGUGCCUGUAUAUCAAUCGCAACACAUCGCGACACACCACACUUAUGAGUGUGUUGCGAUGUGUCCAGCUAUCUGUUGGCGAGUGACGGUGAGUGCGGGCUGGCGCUCUUGCGGUUCGAACCCUACGGCAACCGGCUGCACGCAGAGAUGGACGAACCUGUGCAUCUGCCGUUACGAGUACCGAUGGACGGCUGGCGAGAUGUCAACCGCAUCAUUACUAACAAGGAGGAGGGAGGGACUGUCAGCAACGCGUACGCACCCCAUGGCUGCAUCCACACAGACAGAUACAGCCAUGUGUGUGUGUGUGUGUGUGUGUGUGCGCAACGAACAGGGUGAUAGACUCGAUUGCCGUUGAGACGCUGCAGAGCGGCCAAUAUGGUACGCACCUGCAGGCCUGCAGGCAGACACACGCACCGAUGGAUGGAUGCACUCAGAGACCAAUGUGUGUGUGUGUGUGUGGGUGUGUGUGGAUGCAGGUGUCACGCACGUCACUGUCGCGAGCGAUGAGGACUCCUUCUGCGGCCUCAUGGUAGGUACCCUCACACACACACACCAAUAGAUCUGCACCCAUAGCUAUCUGCACAUACAGGGCAGUGUGGAGACAGCCUGGCGCUUCAAUAAAGACGGACACACAGGGUGGGUGGGGGGGUGAGGGGGGCUGAGACACACACACACACACACACAGACAGACACACAUGCAGAGAGAGAGAGAUGCAAACGGACCGUAGUGGAUGGAUGUGUGUAUAUUGACAAUCAUCGCCAGGCCUCCAGGUUGGUUGGGAGCGGUGCCCUCCCCGCGCUACUUCGACCCGCACUACGGACGGCAGAAAUACAUAUUCCACACUUACGGCGUGCGAAACACCGGUAAGCACACACGCACACUCGUGUGCAUCUCUCUCUCCGUGUGUGUGUGUGUGUGUGUCUAUAGGUGACGAUUGCACAUUGUAUGGGCAGCUGUGGUACCUCCUGCAGUACCUCAACAAACAGCGAGGCGCCGGCCGGCCUCCUGUGGCCGUGCGUACGUGUUGAUGAGGCACAUCCACAUACACAACGCAGAGAGAGAGAAAGAGGUCCGGACGAAAAGAUGCGCACAUGUGUGUGUGCAGGUCAGUCCAUCUCGUCGUCGAUGCACGCCAUCCAGCCAGUCGGCCCCCCUUUGUGUCUAUCCACGAUCAGAGUCAGAGGGACCGUCAAGGGCUCAGCUGUCGUGGUAUGCUCGGGGUUUGGUGUGUAGCGUGUCUGCGGAGGGAUGGAUGGAUGGAUGUGUGUGUGUGAAGGUGCCCAUGAAAGUGCUCAACAGCACACAGCCAGCAUUCAUGGUCCACAAGAUCCAGGACGGCAUCGCAUGGGAGAAAGUGAGCCGCCCAUCCGCCACUACACACACACACGCGUCUGCAUAUCUCUGUGUGUGUGCAGGUGUCCUUUCACUUUUUCAUUGAGGCAGCGGCGACCUUCCACAGUGACGGCAACAAAGUGCAGGUGGUCACCGUCCAAUACCGCCUCACAAUAGACGACAGGUGCGCCACACAGAGAGAGGGAUCGACGCCCACAGAUCGACGCAUCCACGCAUAUAUAUAUAUCUCUCUCUCUGUGUGUGGGUGUGGGUGUGUGUGUGUGGUUCAGUUCUCCGGCUGAUCCCAGGCUAAUUGGGGUUGACAUACUCCCAGUACCACACACAAAUCACGAUCAGGCUGCUGCCGCCGCUGCUGCCAAGUACGGGGGUGGCUAUUUCGCCAGGGGAGUCGACCCAGAUGUCAGCCUGACGCUUGCAAGUGAGCCCUGUGCCCACACACACGGACCACCCAUCCACAGAGAGAGAGAGAGAGAGAUAACGCAUGUCUGUGUGUGUGUGUGUGUGUGUGUAGUCGACAGGGUGUACAUGAUGGUGGUCAAUUCUGGGGCUUUCUGCUGGAACUCAUUCGCGAGAAACGACGCUAUCGAACCAUUCUUUACAGGCACCUGCCUGAUACGCACGCGACGCACACACACUCGUGCACCUCUCUCUCUCUCUCUCUCUGUCUGUGUGUGUGUGUGUGUGCGUGUGUGUGUAGGGUUGAAGGUGUGCGACAGUGUGAAACGUCACGUCGACACCGAGGCGGACCUGCCCGCUUCACGCGUGUAGGUCAUCUUAAGACACACCACACCACACACCAAAUGGACGGAUGGAUGGAUGGAUGGAUGCGCCCCAAAUAGGUUGGCGUACACGUAUGGCUCUCUUGACGCGAUGAAAGGCCGGCUGUGGGAACACAGGGAUAAAGAGGGACAGGUAGGUACACACACAACACACAGGCCUCCCCUGCCUCUCCUCUCUCUCUAUGAAUGUAUGUGUGUGUGUGUGUGUGUCAGAUUGCGUCUGCGUGCGACUCAGAGCUUUUCCACGGCACCUAUGACAUGGGCAGGCAGCCGCUCGUCACCAUGAUCGGCAACGAUCGGGGACUCCCCACGGUAGCCCCCUAAACCCAUACACGCACACACACACGUGUGUAUCUCUCUGUGCCUCUCUCUGUGUGUGUGUGUGGUACCUGCCAGCAUGUGUCGACCCAUGUGUCCCUGCGUGGCCCUCUUGACGGCGGCAAAGGCGGCGAAGACUGCGGCAGACCAGAGACACAUGGUACGGUAGGCCAGCGUCUGGGCAUACACUACACAUGGAUGGAUGGAUGGGUGUGUGUGCAGGUGGUGCGUUGGUGGUUGACUCCUUUCCCCUGUUCUCCACCGACCCGCAACACUCAUCGUGGGACGACAAAUGGAGAAGUACGCUGAUGUGCGAACGUACACACACUGGACGAGAUGCUGUGAUGCCAUCCUGCUCAUGGCAGCUGGAUCGUCGCACAUUCCGUUGCCGCCGCCUGUGCACGAGAAGAGCGGCUUCCUGACGCUGCUGCUGCCGCUGUCACUGGUGAGUUGAGGCCACCUGUGUGUGUGAAUCUCUAUGUGUGGGUGUGGUGUGGUGUUGUGGAGGCGGGAGUGAUACUGUCAGGGCUGUCUUGGCUGCUCAUCUGCAGAGAGGAGGGCAACACUGGUGGUACGUGAAGAUGCAUAGAUCGACACGUACGGGUGUGUGUCUAGUUUAAUGUGUGUGCAUCUAGAUCGGCCGUAUGGGUGUCCUCCGUCGUGCCCCUCGUCUCUCUCACGAGUCAUGUCCUCUGUUGGUCGUCUCUUCUGCUGGUCCAUACAUACCCACACACGUCCACCCAACCACCCACCCAUUAUCCAUAUGUGUGCUGUGUGUUGAUUUGUGUAUAGGUGUUGCUGCUGCAAGAGGUAUCUGCGGCAGCAGCUGCUGAGAGAAGAAGGAGACGAUGAAGAGGAAGACAAUGAGAACGACAAUGGUACGCUCUCGCAUACACACAUACACACAUCAACCGACGUGCACAUCCGUGUGUGUGUUGUGUGGGGGUUGUGUUGGGUUGGGUUGUGUGUUUAGACCACGAGCAGCAGCCGAUGGAUGAUGGAAUGUCAGAGCUGGAAAUGACCUCCAGAGAAACAGGUAGGUGGGUGGGUAUGGGUACACGUACGUAUACACACCCAUUUCAAUGUCCUGUCGCGUAUGUGACGCGUGUGUGUAUCCAUGCAGACCAGGCACCCAACGGCCAACCGAGCCAGCACCGGCAAGAGAGCGAAUCCCUCACACACCCACACAGGGGAGACGGGCAAGGCUUACAAACACUCAGGUACACUCCCCACCACACAAACAUGCACCCCACCUGCACAUAUGGGUGUGUGCCGUUCUUCAGGACGUACCAUCCCUUGUCAUGGGGCCGCACCCUGCUGAUCAACAGCGACAAUCCCGAUAGUACCAACGCGCGGAGAAGACCCGAUGGAUAGAUAACCAAUGAUGGAUGGAUAACCAAUGUGUGUGGAUGGGUAGUUUUUUUGGUAAAUGCGUCUGUGUGUCUUUCUGCACACACACGUGUGCCAAUCAAUGUAUGUGUAUGCGAGUAUGUAUGUUUGUCCUCCGUUAGUAAGGGUAGAUGGAGGAAAGAAUGAUUUUAUACGUAAGGGGGCAAGUUGAGUUGAGCGGCCGUUAGGCAGACGGACAGACAGACACAGCCACAGAGAAAGAGAGGCCUGUAUGUGUGCGCGUCUGGGUGUGUGUCAGUGCGUCAUGGCCAGCCCAUGGUGGUACGUGGGCAGCUUGUAUUUGUAAUUAAUGUCAUAUCUGUUUCUGGCGAGUAGUUUUCGCUCUCACCCCACCCGUCCCCGCACACACAGAUCCCCUGUGCAGCUAGCG